UAUAUAUAUAUGUAGUAGUGCAAUAGUUUUUUGAUUCCAAUCCAUUCUUAUAUUUAUUUAAUUAAUAUAACAUUUUCUCUUGGUGUGUGACUAAAAUCAAACACAGUUCCAAACAUACAUUUUGCAAAUUUACUAGUAAUUGAAUUAAAAAUCAAAUCUAAAAAACAUACAUAAGCAGACUAGUGAAAAACUAAACAUUUCUGGGUCAUGCUUAUAUUUCAAUUUUUGUUUCUGUUGACCUGAAGAACAAAUCUCCCAAAAUUUUCCGAUGGAUUUGGUAAAAUAACUUAAUUUUACUUUUAAAAAGAAAUAAACCCGUGAGGGGUCCCCUUGUUAGAUGCCAUCUAACAAAAUAGUAGCUCUGAAGAAAUUGUUUUUAUUUUCUAAUUUAGCCUCCUGAAUCUUAGCAAGUGCCUCAUAGGCUAUAUAACACGUGUUUUCACUGUGGUUGUGAUAUGAUUCAUGCGUAGGCAGUGGAGGGGGGAGGGGUGGAAGCGCGCGCCGCAUACUCUGUUAGUUGCCAUCUCGACACGGGACCAUUCACGUUGGCGCAUUAGUUAGGCGACAUCUAUACACGGGACUGAUCGCGUUAGCGUUUUGUAUGCUUAGUUCGCGUUUCUUAUGAACAAAGUUUUUAGUCUUUUAUUGUUAUUUGAGUGUCUAAGUGAAACAUUUUAGCGUAGAAUUAAUUUCAAGUGUCACUUAGUGUGGUGUUAUGCAGUUUAGCAUUGGAAAACUUCAAGAUGUCUAAGAUUCAAGAUCAUCUUAUUCUUAGUUGGAUUGAAGAGGAUGAAGAGACUUUUCCUAAUCUUGGUAGUGAUAGUGAACAAGAUGCUCCUUCAGAGCAUUCACUCCACGAUUCGAACACUGAACAGUCUGGUGAAAGUGACGGGGAUCUAGAGGAUGCAAAUGUAAGCUUUACAAAUCUGGAUGCUCCAUCAACGUCUGCUAUGGACAUAGCGGUGCACGAACCUGUAGCUCAGCCAGUAAGGGAGCCUGGACCUAUCCAAGUGCAGAGUAGGAGACAACAUCCCGGUCCAGUGUAUGUAGGUAAGGAUACUUUCACAAAAUGGUACAUUCAUAAAUCUGAUGCUAGAAGAACGAAAACUUCUCAACAGAAUAUUAUAAAAAAAUUGCCAGGUGUAAAAGGCGCUGCUAAGAACAGUAGAACUAUCUUUGAUUCAUGGAAACUUUUCUUCCCAGAUCAAAUGAUUCAGAACAUUGUCAACUUUACCAAUGACGAGUUGGAUGAUAUCUCCUCAAACUAUGCUCGUGACAAACAAGAUUGUCCUAAUACUAAUGUUGAUGAAUUGCUAUCAUUUUUUGGGGUUCUUUAUAUGUUAGGAGUAAAAAAAGGAAACCACCUAAACACUAGUGAAAUGUGGGUCAAUGAUGGAACUGCCCCUGACUUUUUCAAAGCAGUCAUGUCUCAAAAAAGAUUCCAUCAGCUUGUAAGAGCAAUCAGAUUUGAUGACAAUAGAACCAGGGAGGAACGUAAAAAAAUUGACAACUUGGCUGCAUUUAGGGAUGUAUUCGAAACUUUUGUCAGUUUGUGUAAGGAACACUACACUCCAGGAGAGUACGUUACUAUUGAUGAGAUGCUGGAGGCAUUUCGGGGAAGAUGUAAGUUCAGACAAUACCUGAGCAAUAAACCAGACAAGUAUGGUAUAAAAAUUUAUGCAAUGUCGGACGCUCGAACAUUCUAUGUGUUGAACAUGGAAAUUUAUCCGGGCAAACAGCCCCCGGGCCCUUAUGCGUAUGACAACUCAGCAAGUAGCGUGGUUUUGAGACUAAUGGAACCUAUCGACAGAACAGGAAGGAACAUUACGAUGGAUAAUUACUAUACCUCUGUUCCCCUUGCCAAUGAGUUGUUCAUGCAUCAUAGAACCACUAUAGUAGGGACUAUAAAAAAAAAUAAGCGAGAGAUCCCAGAUUCAUUUAAAGAUGUCAACGGUAGACCAGUAGGCAGCAGCAUGUUUGCUUUUGGCUGUGACCCGAAUAGAGCCACAUUAGUCUCUUAUGUCCCGAAAAAAGGGAAAAAUGUUUUGAUGUUGUCGACAUUUCAUGAUGAUGACUCUAUUGAUCCCGAUUCUGAGGCUAACAAACCAGAGGUCAUUACUUUUUAUAACAUGACCAAAGGUGGGAUCGAUGUUGUAGACAGAAAGAAAAAGGACUACUCUGUAAAACGUAUUAGUAACAGGUGGCCUUUGACGAUUUUUUGUGGACUCCUGAAUCUGGCAACUAUAAAUGGUCAGAUUAUCUACAACCUGAAUACAAAAGACACCAUGCAGAGGAGGACUUUCAUAACGAGCCUUGCGAGGGACCUAGUAAAGCCGCAUAUUCUACAUAGAGCUUCUAUUCAGACCCUCUCACUCCCGUUGAGGACCAGCAUCAGGGCUGUCGCCGGUGUAGAACUUCCUGAGCCAAACCCCCCACCAGUUGUCGAGGGACGAAAACCAAGGUGUCACUACUGCCCUGUCAGGAAAAACAGGUUUACUCCAUACAAAUGCUCAGCUUGUAAAAGAUCCGUAUGCAAGGAGCACACUGCCAAAACAAGCUAUUGGUGCCACAACUGUGCAGCAGAAGGGAACUAGAUCUAAGUUUUUGUUUCUUGUAUUAGUUUCCACUUCACAUGCAUUAUUUUUACAUUAUCAAUUUAAUUUAGAAUGUCUUAAGUAAUAAAAAACAUUUCCUUAGUAACUGAAAAAAAUUAUUUCAACCUUCUGCAUGUGUAAGUGAAUGGGGAUAAAUUAAUAAAAUUAAAAAAAUCCAAUAGUUAGUAAUUAUUUUUGUUAUUAAUUUUUUUUAAUUGCCUGACACUUGUAAAAUACAAAUUAACUUAUCAGGAAACAGGUACAAAUUGCAUUAUAAGUGCAAGUUAAGAUUUAAAAGCAAUAGAGAGCAAAUAGCAAUAAAAAACGCAAUGUUAGAUGGCAGCUAUACAGGUGACCUACUACGUAAGUGGAAUAUACGGGACUCCUCACGGGUUAAACUUAAGGAGUUUUUAACUGCUGCUGAUUUUCAAUACCAUUCGGAACACUGCGUUUGUAACCCAUUUGCAAACUCUGAUGUUAAAAGAUAUGCACAUCAGGUCACAUCUGAUGUUUUCUAAAUAUUAAUAAACAAAAUAAUCAAAAUGGAGGAAUAUUUUAUUAAAUUAUUGAAUAUUGU